AUGAAUUUCUUACGUCCUCCCCUAACUUCUUUUAUAAAAACUCUUGCUGAUCCACAAUUAGAAUCAGAACAAUUUAUGAUUGGUAAUGAAUCUAUUACAAGCAAGAAGGAUGUGAUUAGAUAGUUAUAAGAGUAAAUCCUAUAUUUUAAGGAGGCUCAUAAUUUUACAUAGUCAGAAAUAGAAGUGAUAAGAUAAUUUGAAUCACUUCUAGAAAGCAAACAUAAGAGAAGAACCAAUGACAUUCAUUAUCAUAGUCAAAUUACAGAUUUGACAAGGAAAAGGAAAUCAGAGUUAUUUAGAAUGAAGCGUGCAAAGAAAAGAGCUAAGAUUAAGGUAUAUGCUAAGAAACUUAAUGCAGCAAAAAAUAGAUUUCGUAUAUUGGGUUAAUUCAUAUCAAAUGAAGAGAUUCAAAUAAUAGAUGAAACUUUUGGAUCACAUGUCUUUAGCGACAAUCACAAUUUUAAUCUUAAAAUUGGAAGAGCAUUAAAAAAUAAAUUUGGAUAUGAAUAUUAUGAUAAAUCUCAAGUGAUUAAAGAGAUUAAAAGAUUAAAGAGAUAACAAGACCAGAUUUUGAGUCGUAUAUAGGGAAAGAAAUAAAUAUUUUGCAUAAAAACUAAAUAAUUAAAAUAAUGA